AUGUCAGCUACACCAGAACCCCCUCGUUCCUCCGCCGUACCUCCGAAUCCAAGCGCAGAACCCCCACGCGACAACAACAGCGCCAACAAUCUCGCCAGCUCCCAAGAACACCGCCGACAACCAGACCCCCCCCUCCCCACCCCCAAACUCCGCCUCCAAAUAAACGACCUCCGCCAUCCAGGAGCCCUCUCCUUCCAAACCCUAGUCCCAGACGUCGUAUCCACCCUCGAAACAGCCCUCACCACAAUAGUCCGCACCCUCUACACCGUCCCACCCCCACAACAAGAACAAGAUACCUCCUCCCCAUCCCCUGCCACCCACCCCACCCCAAUCAUAACAUUCACCCCAUCCCUCCCACCCACCCGCUCAAUCACCCUCAUCCUCCGCGACAUCCCCGGCGUAGCCUACACAACAGGCACCGAGCUCGACGACGCCCACAAAGAAAUCACUAUCUCCCUCUCCUACAUCCACACCAGCGCCAACCGCCCCUCCGAGAUACCAGGCGUGAUCACCCACGAGCUCGUCCACUGCUACCAGCACACUGUCCCCCCGGCGGAGCCCGGAAAAACCAACAACAAAAGCACACCCCACCCACCUACCGGCCUCAUCGAAGGCAUUGCGGAUUUCGUGCGGCUGCAAGCCGGCCUGGAGCCGCCGCAUUGGAAGAAGCCGAGUGCUGCGAAGGAGAGGGCCGAGAAGUGGGAUCAGGGGUAUCAGCAUACGGCGUAUUUUUUGGCCUGGUUGGAGGAUGUUAGGGUGGGGCGGGGGCGGUGGGGAUGUUGA